AGUGAAAUAGAAUAUGAAACUAUAAGCUUCCAAGCGAUGGGAGGAGUCUGGGGCUCUCACCAGAAUGAGCCCGCGAUUCAUAAACAGUGGCUUGAUUAAGGGAAUUCACUGGAAGCAAGUUUUAUUUGAUUCUAAAAUAGAAGUUGUGUGUGCCCAUUUAUUUGAAAAGAGUUUUGCAAUUGGAUUUAUUUGAUCUAUGUAUGGAAGUUCAAGUGUAUUUGACACUUUAUCCAAACUUUGACUGAUAUGUAAUAUUAUGGACCCAUAUCCUAAACUACUGUUCUCUCUCCUUCUUCUUCUUCUUCGAUUUUAUGCUAAAUUGAAACCCUAAAUUUUAACCAUCCCAAAAUCUAGAGUAGAAGCAAUGGCAACGUCUUCAAGUACACCAUCAUUUAGAAGCAGCCUUAGACAGAGCAGGCAAGGCAACGAUAGUUCUUCUACUUGUAUUGUAUGAUCAUCAAUGACCUAACAGCCUUUUAUUUGCUUUAUGCUAUAUGGCCACCAUUCCCUUGUACGCGUCUCUUAUUGACGCCUGCAUCACCACCAAGAAUUUUACAACUUUAAUUCAAAUCCACGCCCAAACUAUCACAAAUGGCAUUUAUCAUCGCGAUUUCAUUCGCUCAAAACUCGUCUCUGCCUACGCCUCUUGCACCCAAAUGCGCCAAGCCGCUCUCCUCUUCUCCUUCACCAAUCGCCAAACCACUUUCCUCUUCAACUCCCUUAUCAGAGCUUACGCAUCUCUCAACCUUUUCUCUCACUCUCUCUCGUUUUUUCGCCGCAUGCUCGAUGCCUGCAAGCCCAUUGAUCGCCACACCUUGCCCAGUGUCCUCAAAUCUUGUGCUGGGUUAUCCGCCGUUAGGCUUGGGCAGCAGGUUCAUGGGAUACUAUUAAUAAAUGGGCUUGCUUUUGAUUUAGCGAAUUCCAAUGCUUUAAUUAAUAUGUACGCAAAGUGCGGGAAUUUAGCGGGGGCAAGAAAGGUGUUUGAUAGAAUGCCUGCAAGGAAUGAAGUUUCAUGGGCAACGAUGAUGGCCGGGUAUGGAAUGCAUGGGAAAGGUGGUGAGGUGCUGGUUUUGUUUAACAGAAUGGUGGAAGAGGGAUCUAGUGUGGAUGCCGUGUGUCUUACUGCGGUUCUGAGUGCAUGUAGUCAUGGCGGGAUGGUGGAGAAAGGUGCGGAGUAUUUUGGGAUGAUGGAGGAGAGGUUUGGAGUGAAGCCCAGCUUGGAGCAUUAUACUUGCAUGGUGGAUAUGUUGGGGAGGGCAGGAAGGGUGGAGGAGGCUGAGGAGUUGGUAAUGAGGAUGGAGAUAAAACCUGAUGAGGUGUUGUGGGCUGCGUUGCUGGGUUCUUGUAAGAUUCAUGGGAAGGUGGACGUAGCUGAGAGAGUUUCCAGGAAUGUUUUUAUAUGACUAUGACGAGCAGAUGGGAUUAAUUUGUAUCUUUUGGGAAAUUAAGGUCACUUGACCGAUACAUAUGCCAUGUUUUUUCACCAAUAUUGGACUUCCUACAUUGCCUUUCUACCUAUGUUGCAUUGAACGGGGUAGUGACACGCGGGAAGAAUGCGCGUUAUUAGUUGCUGCGCUUAAGAUGAAAUGAUUAGUUCUCUUCCUUUCUUGCUUGUCCAUACGGAAUUUACUUGGAGAUAUAUGGUAUAUUCAUGGUUUGUUCAUGGGAUUAACUCUCACAUCAGACCACGGAAUUUUAUUUCCUUGUAAUGCAAGAGGAAGGUUGCAAUGACGUUGUGCAGAAGUGGAACUUUCACUUGGUGUUAACAUGCAAUAAUGGAUGUGAAUGAGUAUUAAUUGGGGCCCAGAACAGAUUUUCGGCAAAGAAUUUGGGAGACCCUCAUUAUUUUACUUUGGAGAAAAACUUCUGCCAGUGUGCAUUUAACCAUCUUUUGAUCUCGUGACGCUGGAGGUGUUGUGCCUUUGGCAUACUCUGCAAUUCAUACUUCUUGUUGAUCCCUUCUUUUUGAAGGGAUCAAAGUUAUUCUUGGAAUUGCAAUCUAUAAAUUUCUUUUUGAGUUGUAUUUAUGAAGAAGAUACUUGCGUGUCACCGUUCAUUUUCUAAUAAUUUGAUGCCAAAGUUCCAUAA